GCCUAAGUAAUAGACAGGGUGUUGUUAUGUUAUAUAAGAAGGAAUGCGGGAAGUCAGUAACUUUAUGUAAAUAAUCUUUUCUGCCUUCAAAUAAAAUCAAUUCUUUGCAUUUUUGGAAUUAAAAAUUUUAGGUCUUCAUGCAAAAUACUGUAAAACUUAAAGAAAGACAUACUUUGGAAUUUAUUGGUAAAUUAUUAAAUUUAGGCUUAAGCCUUAAACACAGUGUUUUACUUUUAGGGCAUAACGUUAGUUUUCGGGUAAUAACUUUUCUAAUACAUUAGUAGCUUCGUUUUCUGCAAAUCCAUGGUCAGUGAACUUACAUAUACAGCAGUUUUAACAGACUCUCCAACUCAGUUUGUAAAAGAUCUUCCUUUCAAAAUGUCUGGUCAUGCAAAACGAAAAUGGGAAGUAUUUCCUGGAAGAAACAAGUUUUACUGCGAUGGACGAAUCAUGAUGGCUCGGCAAACAGGAGUGUUUUAUUUCACCGUUGGCCUGAUUGUAGUGACAUGCACCUUGUUUUUUAUCUUUGAUUGCCCUUAUCUGACAGAAGAAAUUAGCCCUGCAAUUCCAGCUAUAGCUGUGGUACUUUUUUUGUUUGUUAUGACUUCACUACUAAGAACAAGCUUCAGUGACCCUGGUGUUAUCCCUCGUGCUACUCCAGAAGAGGCGGCUGAUAUAGAAAAACAAAUCGCAGAAGUGCCAAAUGGUUCAAGUUCUCCAACAUACAGACCACCACCAAGAACUAAAGAAAUUGCUAUUCGAGGACAAACUGUGAAACUGAAAUACUGCUUCACAUGUAAAAUCUUUCGUCCUCCAAGGGCUUCCCAUUGUAGUUUAUGUGAUAAUUGUGUAGACAGAUUUGAUCACCAUUGCCCAUGGGUAGGAAACUGUGUUGGCCGAAGAAAUUACAAAUACUUCUACAUGUUCAUUAUGUCUUUAGCCUUUCUGUGUGUCUUCAUAUUUGGCUGUAUCAUUGCCCAUCUUGUCCUAGUUUCCAGGAAAACAAACUUUCUUGAAGCUGUUAAAGAAUCACCAGCAAGUGUUGUGGAAGGUGUGGUAUGUUUUUUUUCAGUUUGGUCAAUCCUAGGUCUAGCAGGAUUUCACACAUACUUGACUACUUCAAACCAAACAACGAAUGAAGAUAUCAAAGGUUCCUUCUCCAACCGAAGAGGACGGGAUGUUUUUAAUCCUUAUAGUCAAGGAUCAUUUAUCAGCAACUGUGUUACAGUAUUAUGUGUGGCAUCCCCUCCUAGUGUAAUAGACAGAAGAGGAUACAUGGUUCCUGAAGGAAGUAUUUCAGGCCCAGGAAAUUAUGGAGCAGUGAAAGUGGGUCACCUCAAGAAUGGAACUCCAGGUGCUACAGCUACUUUAACCAGCCAGAUAAAUACUUCUCAAGGUUAUCCAAAUCCUCUUCCAUUCAUACAGUCUACUAAUGGCAGUUUACGUGGUAUCCGGGAUGGAACGUACCAAAAUAUUGGUUCACCAGAUCGUGGCAACAUCCCAAUAGCUGUUGUCUCACCACAAUCUCGAACCCAUAGCAAAGCUGAUGAAGACUUACCUUCCAUGCUAGUAACAUCUUCAAUGCCUAGCAUGCAAAGCUUAGACAAAGGGCCAAGUGAAGCUGGUAGCCAAGUUUGUCUGCUGGUCAAACAGAGCUCUGUAUAGUAAUGUAACUUUAUGGUAAAUUUCUUUGUAGUGUUACAUGUGUCUUUAAUCAAGCUUUUGGAAAAAAAAUAAUUUUUGAUGUUAUUGAGUGUGGUUAGUAUUAAAAGUGUGCCAUAUAUCUGCACAAAUCAUAGCACAUUUGCUGUGGCAUUUGCUACAUAAGAAUAUCAGGGAAUCCAGUGUCUAGGUAUUUAAAAAAAAUCUACAAAGAAAAAGAAUUAGAAUUGAAGUAAGAGAAAUUUUAAAAUUUCCGUAGACAUGUGGUUUCAGCAGUCUUAGUCCAGUUACAAUAAUUCAGUCAAUAAUAGUCUGAAAUUUGUUUUAUUUAGUACCAACUAAGGAGAUACUGGAUGCACAGUAUAUUUACACUAUGAAUUGCUAGAAGUUCAAUUACGCUUUUUGUCUCGAAGGAGCGAAAUGUUUUCUCAAAGUUAUUUGAAACCUGUACUUAUAAAACUGAGGAGGUAAAACUUUUUACUUGGUAAUAAACAGUCUAUAACUUUAUUCAGCAGUGAACUUGUUCAUGUCUCAUAAGUAAUGUAGUUUACAAUGGUCAUUUUGCCAUCCUGAUAAACACCUCAUUUGUGCAGAAAUAUAUUUAAUGUUCUGAUUUUUGAAUAAAAUGGGCACCUUAGCCAAUAUAAAUUGACUCCAUUUUUUAAAUUUCUUCACAAGCUGUUAUCUAGGUUUUUUUCAUGCAUUUACUAUUUCUCUCUGAAAAAGAGCUUAGGAAAUGUUGUUUUCCCACAAGGAAGGCCUAAAGCACACCCAUUACAGUAAAAGAUUAGUCUUAGUUUCUGUAAUGUAUAAGUUAUAUAUUUUUUAAUCCAUUAUCUGGAUAAGUAGUUAUGAAUUACAUUUUUUCUUUGGUGUGUUUUAAGUUAAUUUUAAUGUGAAUAUUUGAGAUAUGUGCUGACUUUCUACUAAUGAAGGAAAAACCUUGUUUCUAUAUGUUACAGUUUCUACUGUCACAAACUAGGUAUGAGUUUAGUGUUAUCUGUUAGAUGAAAUAUGAUUGUAAGUAUUAUUAUUAUUUAUCAUAGUUUUUGUAUAAAUUUUCUUACAUGAGAAUUGAAAGUUUGUGAAGAUGUAUUAGUUGCUGAUAAUCAAAUAAUUUAUAUGGGGGGAGAAGCAGAGCCAUGAAGAAUUGUAACAAAGCAAUUGAAAAUAUUUUACAAAACUAAACUGUCUAUGUUUAGUGUAAUAAUCAUGUCUUUUCGUUGCUGUAUUUCUUAUAGUGCACAGUAAGAUCUAAUAAAUAAUAUAAAUUUA